AUGCCCCUACAGUUUCAGUUUGAGCUCAGCCAGGGUCACGGUUUUGAUUUCAGCUGGGGCGACCAGGGACCGGGCGACGUCGAAGACAGCCCUUCCGCAGGAGCUGGGGAACGUCGCCUUCUGCUGGUCCUCACCCUCGAUGUGGUUAGCCUGGAGGUGAAACUCGAACCUGGCCAGGUAUGUGACUGGUGUAAGCACAUAAGACACACAAAAGAGUAUCUGGAUUUUGGGGACGGGGAACGAAGGCUUCAGUUCUGCAGUGCAAAAUGUCUCAAUCAGUACAAAAUGGACAUUUUCUACAAAGAGACACAGGCCAAUCUUCCAGCUGGACUCUGCAGCACAUUACAUCCUCCAGUCGAAAAUAAAGCAGAAGGCACUGGGGUGCAGCUGCUGACUCCAGAUUCUUGGAAUAUACCGCUAGCAGAUGCUCGGAGAAAGGCCCCAUCCCCAGUGUCUGCAGCUGGCCAAAUUCAAGGUCCUGGACCAUCAGCAUCUACCACUGCCUCUCCGCCUGACACUGCCAACUGCUCUGUCACUAAAAUCCCAACGCCUGUUCCCAAACCUAUUCCCAUCAAUGAGAAUCCAAAUAUGCCGCCAAUUUCUGUUCAGCCACCUGCUAGCAUUGUGCCUCCAAUUGGUGUCCCACCUCGAAGUCCUCCCAUGGUGAUGACAAACCGUGGGCCAGUUCCACUGCCCAUAUUCAUGGAACAGCAAAUUAUGCAGCAAAUUCGUCCGCCGUUUAUUCGAGGGCCUCAUCAUGCCUCAAAUCCCAACAGCCCUCUGUCCAACCCAAUGAUUCCUGGAAUUGGUCCACCACCAGGUGGUCCCAGAAAUAUGGGCCCAACCUCAAGUCCUAUGCACAGGCCAAUGCUAUCACCUCAUAUUCACCCUCCAACAACACCAACCAUGCCUGGAAAUCCCCCAGGUUUACUACCGCCUCCGCCUCCAGGAGUACCUUUGCCCAGUUUACCCUUCCCUCCUGUAAGCAUGAUGCCAAAUGGUCCUAUGCCCAUGCCACAGAUGAUGAACUUUGGCUUGCCAUCUCUUGCCCCAUUGGUGCCACCUCCAACCCUGUUAGUGCCAUACCCUGUCAUUGUUCCUUUACCAGUUCCUAUCCCAAUUCCAAUUCCUAUUCCUCACAUCAAUGAUUCCAAGCCCCCAAAUGGCUUCUCCAGCAAUGGGGAAAGUCUAAUUCCAAGUACAUCUAGUGAUGCAACUGGGGCAAAGCCAACAAAUAACUCUGUGUCCCCCAGAGAUUCAAAACAAGGGCCUUCCAAGUCCUCUGAUUCAACACCAAGUUGUUCAAGCCAGUCCUUAAAUCAAACACAAGUGCAUCAGGAGCACAGUAAAAAUGAAGUUGUUGAUUUGACUGUAAGAUCUAGUAGUCCAGUGAACAACAAGUUUGGUUUUCCUACAGUGCUACAGGGACCACAGGAUGGUGUGAUAGACUUAACUGUAGGUCACAGGUCUAGACUACACAAUGUUAUCCACAGGGCUUUACAUGCUCAAGUCAAAGUUGAACAUGAAGCUAGCAGUGUUGUAAAUCUGGCUUUUGGUAGCUCAGAUAAAAGGAACUGCAGUGACUGCAGGGACAAUUGCAGCCCCACUGAAACAAAAACUUUACCUUAUAGUGACUCAGCUCACUGUGGUCCCACUGCACUGGUCUCUGGCACAUCAGAAAACAGUGUAGCUGCAGUUUGCAAUGUCAUUGUGAAUGGCACAAAAGGCCCAGAGGUCUCAGAGCAGCCCCAAGAUCCGAAGAAAUCUCAACUGCCAGAGGAACUGCCAGUGAGUGAGCUGGAAUCUGUGAAGGAGAACAACUGCACAUCAAACUGCCACAGAGAAGGAGACUCUGGUAAGAAGACUGGGGAAGAGCCCCUGUUUGGGGGAAACAAGCAAGAUCCAAACCUUAACAAUCCUGCAGAUGAGGACCAUGCGUACGCAUUGCGGAUGCUGCCCAAGACAGGCUGUGUCAUCCAGCCUGUGCCAAAACCAGCAGAAAAGACUGCUAUUGCACCAUGCGUUAUCUCAGCACCAAUUCUCAGCACAGGGCCAGAAGAUCUGGAGCCACCACUGAAAAGGAGGUGUCUCCGAAUUCGAAAUCAGAAUAAGUAA